ACCCCCCCGGACUUUCAGAACCGAAAAUCGUCGAGAUUAGUGUACUGCCAGCGACAAGAACGGAAGACCGGAUUAAAGCCGUUAUCUUGAUGCGCGAACAUCUUCCAAAUGUCGGUCAAACGGGUUGGUGCACGUUUGUACAAUCUGACAUCGUUAUUUGGCUCGCUAAUUGCCUUUUGGAAUUAUUCGGGGUUGCAUAGACGAAGGAGUCGGUUCUGGGGCUGUGGCAUGUCAUAACAGUUAGAUUGUGAGAGCUGCUCCGCUAUGGAAACAUUUUGUGUCGUACGGAGUAAUGCAGACUGAGUUGUUAGAAGGGAGACUUCGCUGCGCAGGGAUCUGAAAAUCGUUCCUUCAGUUUCAUACACCUUGCUCCGUACGAAAUAACGCUGUCCCCGCGUGUCACGCAGCACGAGUGACGAUAAUAAUAAGGAGCGUACGGGAAAAGUCGGCGACCCUAUUAGUUUCCAAACACUCCUCGAGGGCAGCGUGGAGAGAGAGAGAGACAGCCAAAGUACGAUGUUUCCGCGCGAGCGAGAUCUCAUCCAACCUAAAUGUGCGCGUGACAUUUCUCUGGCCGUGUAUUUUGUCUCGAGUUCUAAUUCAGACGUCAUAGCUCGGCUCGCGCUUCGCGAAAAACCAACGGUCACUUCGUAGUUUGACAGGAUUCGGUUAACGCGUCGGUUAGUUUGACUACAUUGUGGCCACACGGACCGUGUAGGCUUUCGGUUCUUUCUGCGAAAGAAAACGUCCUUCUCGGCAAAUCCCCGAUCGCGGGACCUACAUUUGGUUGUUUUUGUGGGUGAACAUCGGCGAUAUUUAUCACUGACUCUCAUUUCAGCAGGCGUUUCGUGUCACCUGAGAGGCUCUGGUAUUGUGUGAUACGGUUUUUUAGUAGCUCCGGCUAGAACAAGCGAGUGGGUUGCUCGGAGAAACAAACAUUUUGCUCUGUUUUAGGAUGAUGCUCUAUCCUGAUAUUACGCUUGCUGUGGAUACGUGACACGGGCUGGUCAUCGACUGCUUUUCUGCAUCCUCCUCCUUUGUGUAUUUAUGAGCUCCGGGCUGCGGAGCUCCGGCAGACUGACCUGGAGACCGCGAGUGUGCCGAGCUCCAGUCUAGAGAGAAGAGACGAUGCUAAUUUCCUCGACUCUGUUUAUCAUUGCGCUGGUAACCCCGUUCAAAAGAAAGAGGGCUGAAGAAAAACACGAUCUCUCACUCCCACUGAUCCUGCGUUUUCAAUAAUUGAGAUGCCUGCUGAUGAAAAUGUCUGCACGAAAAUGAUCGGUUCUAUCUUUAGCAGCAGAUAUAAUCACGGGUAUAACACAUCAUAAACUUUCCAAUCAUCAGACUUUCGCUAAAGGCCUAUACGGCUUGGUUAUGCUAGACAGGUACUUUAAGUGCAUCGACAUCAGUUGAAUCUCAUUUGAAGUCAGAAAGAUAAGCAGUUCGUAUUUUAAGACAGCUGUCACCUGUAUCGACAACGCGGAGCUGCAUGCGCUCACCUGUAUUCUGAUGCGAUCAAGAGUUUACGAUGUUUAUGUUGUUUGCAUUUGAAACUUAGAUAUUUAGAUUUGGUUAAUUGUGAUGGUUAUGUAUGCAGUUUUUUCUGAAGUAAUAUCUAUUCUUAAUCAUGUAAUUCUUUCUAAAUUAAGAGCAUAACCUCGAGAGACAUUGGGAUGAAUUCGUCUCGAAUCAAUGUGCAACUUCAAUUCGAGUUCAGAUCUCUAAGUUCGAUUUUGUUUUCAGGGUUUCAACCAACAUGAAGAUCCAAAAAAUAUCAAGGAAUUGUAAUUGAUAUUUCUAGUUAAAUGGCAAAGUCAUUAAAAUGAGUAAAAGUCAUGGACAUAUAGGGAGUUUAAGUUUUAAUAUCACAUUGCCUAUAUGUAGUAAAACCAGAAUCGACAGCCAUAUUGUACAAAAAUGGUUAUAAUGAUUUAAAUUUAUUAAUUUGAAAAAGCUAUUAUCUGACAUGGAAAUCUACCACCACAAUCUUUAAAUAAAUCCAGAUGCACUAAUAAUGCAUGACUGUAAACGUCGUGGAAAUUAAUUUGACAAAAAGUGUGGAAACCCUGUAUAUUGAUUUGAUCUGUUGGUCUCUGAUAGGAGUUUUGCAAGGCCUGACACACAGCGCUACUGGAAUUAGAUUAAAUCACAGCUUGACCACCUCAUUAUAAGCAAACAUUUUAGUAACGCACACUCUGUGACUGUGGACAUGAGAUGCCUUGCCUUUAUCUAAUGUCGGUAAAGAGUAAAGCGCCUAUGUUAGACCCAGCAUCACAUUAAUGGUUGCUCUGUUUUUUUCUUGCUCUGUUGAUGUUAUCUUGAUCUACUGCAGUUUGUCCCACUGAGGUAAUGAGGCCAGCAUAAAACCAGCAUCAACUUUUGUAUGGCCUUGCAUCCUUUAUUCUCAACCUUUGCCAUUUUCCUCCAUUGCGAUGUGUGAAGGAUCUGAUCAGUAUUGGGUGCUCUGCUUCUUUCAAAAGGGGGGAUUUAGAGUAUGCAGACUGUGAAAACUGUGCCUUCAGCUGUGGAGGCUGAGUUUUUAGUGUUUUGGCACUCACUUACAUAUUUGAAAUUGACUUACGAACUCAGAGAGUGUCACAGGUCAAACUCAGCCUUUCCACAAUUUAGUCUUUCAUUCAGCACAUGACAGUUUUUUUCAAAUGUAUAAUUACAAAUGUAAAUCACUUGAAUAUGGAGCAGCAGAUCAUUGUAUUCUUUUAAAAUCUUAUUUAAAUCUGAACACUGUUAGUAUAAUAUCUAUUCCUACUCAAGCUGUGGUCUGAAGGAAAUUGUGACAUCUUGACUAAGGAAACCUCUGUUACUCACAGGAAGUUUCCAGCCUGUCUCAUGUCAUUGGCUGUAGCAAGAGAAGUGAUGUUGUGACCUCAUGUUUAUAGUGUCAAUUGUGCCAUUUUACAGGGAUAGAGACCUAAAUCUUAAAAACAUUCUCAUCAAUCAUAAUUAAAGCUCAUGAAUGUCCAUCUUUUGUUUAAAUUCUAGAAGUGUUCAUUUUUGCCAUUUUGAGUCAAGUCUUUUCUGACAGAUGAAAAGGAUUUUUGAAAACCCAAAUUUGGUGACAAUAAAUAUUUUAUCUCUCUCAAAAUAAUGUAGAAAUUUCUUGAAGUAAUGUACAUGAUGCAUAUAGAUCUACCCUAUUAAUAAGAAUUAUCAGUUGUUAGAAUGUCAGGUGAAUGUAUGAUCAACUGAACUGUUUUUAAUGAAUGCAGACUAUAAGACUCAAUCUAGAUUUUACAUUUUAAUUAAUGAAGUCUGUGUUGACCUCGUCUGUACUACAAAACAUUUAUGUUCUCCAAUCAAUUAUUAGUAUAUUAAAGAAAUAAUCAACAUCAUAGCUUAGGUAUGUUCUAUUAAAUGAGAGGUUUAAGGCUUUUUAACAUGUAAUAGUCUAAUUUUAAUCUUCUGACUUGUUGUUGGAAAUAAUACUAUAUGCUCAAUUUAUUGCUCAAUUUCUAAGCUGAAAACGAUCUAUUUCCACUACAGAACUGUACACUAACCAGAGAAGAACCCUAUAAAAAGUCACUUGUCCACACACACUGAGUAAUGUGUUGAGAAAACGCCUAUGCAGGUGGAUCCCUCACCAAUGAAUGUAGGAGAUGGAGGGACGGUGAGCAGAGAGAGCAGUGCCCCUACCCAGGUGUCUGAGAGCAUGGUGGGGAAUCCACAGCAGACACUGCCUCUUGAACUUAGAGGUGAUGUACCUCAAAGUCAGCAGAACAAGCUGAGGGCAACCACAGACUGCAAAAUACCCAACGUCUGCUCAGAAGCAAACAAUUCAAAUCAUUGUCCCCUAGAUCCUUCCCCCCAACAUCACAGUAAUGUGUUCAGCACUGAUCCCAUGAGCACAACGUUGCCUGAUCGGACUGAGGUUUCCAAAAGCAAGAUUGACAGUUCUGGCAUAUAUUCCACUCACCAGUGGCCUUGUGGUAAAAAUGUCACCACAGAGGACCCUGUGAAUUCUGUUCACUCUAGUGUAAACCUAAACAAGAAGACUAAUGCACCAGCACCAACCCAGCCUGUGAUAAGCGUUCCUUUGGGGUUCCAGUGCUCCACGCUUUUUAAACCCGGCCAGCCUGUUGCUUUCCUUCCCCCCUCCAAUUUUUCUUCUCCUCUCUGUAAGAUCACAUUGCCACCAGGGUUAGGUCAGAUUGCAGCACUGAGAGAAGCCACUGCUAGCCAGUUUCAAAAGGACUGCACCGCACAAAGCUCUUGUUCGAGUGUCACACCUAUGCUCAAAACAUACCCAUAUCACUUUUCCGUGGGGAGAGGACCUGGUGCUGAGAAGAGGCCUCAGUCUUCAGGAUCCAAAGUCAGGUGUGAUUCUUUGUCCAAGGGCUUUCAAGGUGGAGCUGAGCAUAAAGCCACAAUGUCUGCUGUAUCAGCCCCAGCUCUUGGCCUUCCAGUACAGCAAGCAACGCAGGGCUCGACUCCACCAACCCGUUACACCAUCUCUCCCACUGCUGCCAUCUGCUGCAGCCCAGCUCUUGCAAAUAUCACCACUCAAAGUCGGCUGCUUAGCCUUGUAGAAAAAGGUUUGACGUACCGAGGUACCGAAAAAACCUCGUUGGCGUAUCUGAAACCAAAAACUCUGUCCUCUCCAGAGGAGCACAGUGUUUCGUGCCCCGUUGAGUCAAGGGACGUGCCCCUUGAUCUGUCUGCAAAGUCCAAGCGACAAAAAAACAUUAAAGAUGGUCAGAACAGCCCAUUGGUGGCCACGGAACAUCAUUCUGCUGAGUCUCAUCAGAAGAAUGUUUCUGGUCCAAAAAAGGUUCAUUCUGCUUCCUUUGGAUCAUCCAAUUCAUAUGACACCCAAAGAAAUGGUGCAACUCAGAAAUCAUCUUCAAAACUAACUAAUCACCAUGCUUUGGAACCCAAUGCAUCCUGGGCCAAAGGCUCAUCUCCUGGCUCCUUGAAUAAUCUCCCUGGUACAUAUGUAGGAGUGGCAAGCCCCAUUCUAGCAUCUACUUUACGUAGCAAAGAUGGAAAAAGUGCUGCUUUUGUUGAAGAUAUUCAGACAUUUGCCAAACAGGAAACCAUCUCCAUCAUCGACCAAGGAGAGCAGCCGGUCUGUAGAGAGAAGAAAGCGCCAUUUACUAUUAAAGGUGCCCAGCAUAAUAAAGGUGGAAAGCUCUCGACAGUAACUCAACAAGGUUUUUUAUCCACCCAUUUAUGUGCUACAGCAAAUUCACAGCCCCACCAAAAAUCUGUUGGUGGAAAGGGAGGCACCCUGUUCACACCUCCAGUUAAAUCCUUGUGGCAGCCACCUUGUGUUCUUUCCCAAGGAACAUCCCUGCAGAAGAGACCAAGUGUGACUCAAGCACCAAAGACGAAGAGCACCCUCAGUUGUGAGAGAGCCCUGUUCCAUAACUCCCACUUAAGCCCAACUAAAGUAGAGGAUGAAAAGUGGGAGAAGUCCAAAUCCCCCCUGUCUAACCUUGAGUCGAUAGUAAAGCAGAAAACUCUCGAGACCACUGCGCUUACUGGUGAGAACUACUGUAAUCUGUCUUCUGUGGGAUCCAAGAGGCCUGAGGUAGCCAGCAUGCAGAACAGGUGUCAGGAGUCUGCGUUGCAGCAGACCCUAACAGCUGGUUCUCCCCCAUUCAGGGCCAUAGAAGGACAGGUCAUCAAGUCAGACAGAACCUCUCCACAAACGGAUGCCAUAGCAGCUCUAAGCAGACCGGAGAUCACAACUGUUCCUGUGCCCAAUGAUAACAAACGAGAGAAACAAGCUAAACAUAAAGAAAAUCAAGCAUCUGAUGGUAGACAGAAAAUUAAAUCUAGUACCCCUAGUAAAAGGAGUGCUCCCAAUGUUAAAGGAGAAUGGAAGGAAAGGAAAUUGGCUCAACAGUUAGAGGAUGAGAACGCAAAAGAGGAGAAGGCAUCAGAGAGGAAGAUUUCUUCUCAUGUUCAGGUAGACGGGAUAGCCUUAUCCCUCCUUCAGAACCAGACCACAGAAGCAGACGGAGAGGCAAAAAUGAAUGGAGCCACAGAGGAGAUACCUUCCAAAGGAAAAGUAUCCGCCACCAAACAGAAGAACCUGAAAAAGCCUGCCAAGGAGAAGGUACCUUCUGAAGUGCAAAAAAAGACAGUAACUAAGAAGCAGAAACAUAAAAACAGUCUACCAAUAAAGAAGGACCCCUCCCAUAAAAAGAAGAAAGAUCCAUUGCCUGGAGUGGGAAAAAGUGUGCUGAAAAAUGGAACAAGCUCAGCCUCUAAAGUAGUGGGAAAGACUCGCAAAGGGAAAAACUGUCCAGCUAAUAUGGAGCACUCCGACUCAAACAGAAUAGUCACAGAUUCAGAGAACAGUCCAUGCAGAAGUCCUCAGGUUGACAGAGAUUCAAGCUCUCUCAGCAGUCCAGGCUGGCCUAGUAAGGAAUCAGACUCCCAGGAGGAGGCCUCUCCGCGGCUGAGACGAGGGCGCAGACGGACUGAUGAAGCGUUGCUCCGAGACUGGAGCUUCGCUACUCCACCUACUCCUCCCCCUCUCGAUCCCCCCUCUAUACCACCCCCUGUACCAGUCCGCCGGCCGCGCGGCAGGCCUCGAAUCAAUCCUCUGCCCGAGGAGGUGGAUGCGGACAAGGCAAGGCCCACUGAGGGUGGGAACACCUCUUCAAUAAAGAAAAGGAAACGUUGCAAGAAUCGUAAAUAUCAGAACGGGGAAUACAUCACAGAGAAAGAUAAGGUGGCAGAUGGAGAGGAGGAGAAGCUGGGCGUGGAAGAUGGUGAGGCCACUAAUGAGAAGAUGGGUGUGUACCCUUGUCUCAGUGCUACAUUGACCGGUGAAGUGCCCAGUCCAGAUAUUAGCCCUAGGAAGACCCUGUUCACACGUUCGGGCUCAGCACGGCCUCAAGAGAGCCCACCCAACACACAGCCUGAUGACAAACCCUCAGGGAAGAGGAAGUUCAAAAGUAAACACUUGUGUGACACUGACGACCAGAAAAAGCUCAAGACUAAGAAAGGCAGCUUGGGUAAACGCACAGGGCCCCUCAUUUCAGAUGAGGAUGGUCCAGCCACCAAGAAAACCCCAACUACUCCUUAUGCUUCUCCCAAGCAUUCAAACUCACCACUAUCUGGUAAAAAAGGAAUAGCUGGGAAAUCAGGAAUCCCUGAAACAACUCCAAGCCGCCCAGUGCCUCCAGAAGUGCGUCGACUGAUUGUCAAUAAGAAUGCAGGAGAGACGCUGUUACAGAGAGCUGCUCGAUUAGGUUACCAGGAUGUGGUUUUAUAUUGCUUGGAAAAGGAUGUGCGAGAGGUGAACCGUCGCGAUAACGCGGGUUACACGGCACUACAUGAGGCCUGUGCACGUGGCUGGACGCACAUCGUACAGGUGCUGCUGAAGCAUGGCGCAGAUGUUAACUGCAGUGCACAGGAUGGAACGCGCCCAAUUCAUGAUGCAGUAGCAGCUGAUAAUCUGGCUGCCGUCUGGAUGCUAUUAAAUCAUGGGGCAGAUCCCACACUGGCAACUUACUCUGGUCAGACCGCAGUUAAACUAGCCCAGAGUCCCGGAAUGAAAACUUUCCUCAAAGAGUACUUCACUGAUUUAGAAGGACGAACAGACCAAGAUCCAAAACUACAGUGGGAUUUCUACAGUAGUUCUGUAUUUGAGACAGAACAGGAACCUUGCUGGGACUUCCUACUGUCUCAGCCUGAGGAAGACAGCGUAGACAACUUGAGCGAGCAGAUGAAGGAGAAAGACACUGAUACAGACUGUCUUGUGUUCGAGUUCUCCUCCGAUCCCCUCCUACCCUGCUACCACGUCCAAGUAUCACUAAUGCAGGGGUUUUGUAACUGGUUUUUGGUGGCGGAUGUGCUGAAGCGGCUUAAGAUGUCAGCACGUAUAUUCCGGGCUCGGUACCCUCAGUUUGAGGUGGUGAGCAUCGCUCAGGCAGAGCUGUGGAAGCAGGUCUCCGUCAGUCAAACGUGCAUGGUUCCGGAUGAGCUCCAGAUGGAUGACGAAGACGGAGAGGAGACGGUGGAGCUGGUGCGAUGCGUACCAGAGCUACAGGGACUGCUAGGCUCCUCCAUACAACUCCUCCGAGAAGAUGAGGAAGACGAGUCAGGGCCCAACACCAGACCCUGCAGUCGAUAGCAACUCCUGCCCUAAAUCUCCUGGGAUCGUCAGCAGCCGUCCUCAGUCAUGCGCGGGUCCGAUGGCCUGUUACCAGUACCAGCACUUUGUAUGUUCAGAAUCCGCAAGAAAGGUCCUAUUUCCUCACAGACAUACCCCCCCCUCCCAGUAAUGACAGGGGCCCUAAGGAGCAACUUUGCCAUGCCUUCACCCAUGGAGAAAGGCUAGAGACGGACACAACUGGGAAGCAACUUUCAUGCUCCUUGUGUAGGGUUUUUUUUUUUUUUCACUCUUCAAUAAUAAUUUUUUUUUUUUAAUAAACCUAUAUGUAUAAGUAAAUAUAUAUGUAUAUCUUGACAUCAGGGUGAACGCAUCUGGUUGUAACUUAUCAUUAACAUGUUUUAUGUUCGUUCGUUAUUGACGGUCCUUUAGAAGGAGUGAUAAUCCCAGUCUUUUUUUAUCUUGGUCAACUAAAUGUGUGUAGCUAAGAGGCUUACGUCAAGCUAACAGCGGCAGGAAUGCCUUUGGGCCAGAUGGUUCCUGUGUAAACUAUCAAGCCUCUCCCAGCUCCCAGAAGCCCCCCCUAACCUACAGCAUAUGUUCCUCACCCCGGCCCUCCUUACCUCAACACCACUGCAGCUCUGCCAGAAACAUUACACCUUCCUUUUAUUUCAUUUGUAACGUGGCAGGCACAGGACGUGUUCCUGUGACAUCUGACGUCGUUGCGGUUUUGCUUUGGUUGAUGCGCUGUCGGUUUUAUCCACUGGUUGAAUUAUUUGAAGAUAUCAGCAGGUAUCAGCCGAUACCAACCAGUUAAGUGGUAAACAAACAAACAAACAAAAAAAGAUCCUGUGGAGUGUUUUUUUUUUUUUUCAAGGAUUUUUUAGAGCCUUUUUUCUAGAUUCCGUCUUGAACUGCUUUCCAGUGCUCACAGAAGGGGUUGUCUCCCAAUUUUUCCUGGUGUACCAGAUUCCAGCGUGCUUUGUGGCACGUGGUGUGUUUUAUUUACACUGAUUGUUGUUUGUGCUUAAUUUAAUAGUCAUUAAUAUAUUUGACCUUUUUUGUGUGUGUCAGACAAAUGAUAUAUGACAAUGGCUUUGUAUGGUUGGUGCUUUAUUUGACAGUGUACAAAUAAUGAUCCCUUUAUCCUGAAGUUGUUUUGUUUUCCCACACUGCGAACAGUAUUUUAACAAGCUAAAGUACAGUUUUAUUGUACUGGUGCUGAGCUAGAUUUUGUGUUGACAAUCAAUGAAGUUUUGUUUGAACUGAAACCAAUAAAUAUUUAAAUGAAGAGA